CAGAUAAUGAUAUGGAUUGUCAAACCAAAUUCCUCAGCAUCUUCAGAGCAUAUUAUGCUAAGAAUUUUCUAAGUAUAAUAAUCUUAGGACAGUAUAUUGCAAAAUUAUUCAGAUUUUUGCCUAGGAUAAUUGGCCAGUCUCCAACCCAAAUGGUAUCAUCAGAGUCAACCUUUGGCAAUUUUAUUGCAUAUCUUCUCAGUUUUAUGUUCUUUAGCCAUGUUGUUGGGUCAGGAUGGUAUCUCUUUGCUCUACAGAGGGUUCACCGUUGUUUGCAAGAUGCCUGCCAUCAUUCUAAUCUACAUGGAUGCAUGGAGUUGAUUAAUUGUGAUUCUAAAACUAGGAUGAAUAUAUCAGCCAUAGUAUGGAGAAUUGAUAAGGGUGCUGAAACUUGUAUGAAUGCCACAUCUGGUGCUUUUUCUUAUGGAAUCUAUGCCAAUGCUAUACCACUUACUAAAGAAACUAGGUGGAUCAAAAAAUACGUGUAUUCACUCUUUUGGGGAUUCCAGCAAAUCAUUACUCUGGCUGGUAAUCAAACUCCAAGCUAUUAUUUGUGGGAAGUCCUCUUUACAAUGUCCAUCAUGGCAUUGGGACUCUUGCUUCUCAUCGGAAACAUACAGAGCUUUCUUCGAACUCUUAGCAAGAGGAGCCUAGAAAUGAUGCAUAGAGGUUGUGAUGUUGAGCAAUGGAUGAACCAUCAUCGGUUACCAGAAGAUCUCAGAAUGCUGAAUGGAAUAGUCGGCAUAAUGCUCCUGAAAGAACGGUUCUCGAGAAUUUGCCAGAAAACCUCCAGAUAGACAUACGACGUUAUAUCUUCAAUUUUGUUAAAAAAAUUCGAAUUUUUUCCCUGCUGGAUGAGGAUGAGCCUGUCUUAGAUGCUAUUCGUGAGCGACUAGUACAAACGACAUACAUUGAAGGAAGUAAAAUUUUGAGUCAGGGUGGUCACGUAAAAAAGAUGGGUUUUAUUGUUCGUGGAAAAUUGGAGAGCAUCGGAAAAGAUGGAAUUCCGGUUUUGUUAUCCGAAGGGGAUGCUUUUGGUGAGGAGCUUCUAAUAUGGUAUCUUGAACGGUCUUCUGAAA